AUGACUGGGGAGUCCCACUACAUUGGCCCGCUUGACUCGAAGCACACCGACGAUGGAAAUUCCAAAUGGGUCAACGACAUGCCGCACGAAGGCUGGAUGGACCUGGCAAAGCCGUUCAUUGCGGCUUACAAGGCAGGUGCCAGCAAGCCAGAUGCCUACAUUAGCGAAGAUCAAAUCAUUUACUGGUACCGGCCAACCCUCAAGUCCUUGAACUGCGAUGCGACCGAUACCACUCUGCAGGAUGCCAACAACAGCAGUGGGAACUACUUCAAGGGAAGACCGAAUGGCUACGAGACCAUGGAGGAUGCCGUGUUUGUCGUGUCCCUCCUGAAGACUGCCGGGCAGAUCAAAGUGACAUCUGGCGGUAAUUCCGCAGUCACCUACCAAGCACCCGCGGGUGCUUUUGCACAGAAAAUUCCGAUGGGCGUUGGGAAGCAAAGAUUCGAGCUUACCCGCAAUGGACAGUCUGUGCUGAGCGGUAUCUCCUCGAGGGAUAUCAGCAGCACAUGCCCCUGCGGCAUCUACAACUUCAACGCAUUCGUCGGUGUCCUUCCAUUUAAGACAUUUGGGUCGCUCGAUUCACAGGGCCUGGCUUCUCUGACCGCUGGACUUCAUGUGAGCACUUGUCAGCCGACUCCCACCUUGAUCGCUACUGCACCCCCAUCAGAUGACCCCCAGCCCAUGAACAAUCCACUAUCUUCGAGCACUCCGCCUUCUCCCACCACGAUCCUGACUAAAACUGCCACCACGGCUCCUCCUGUCUCUACCCCAACCAACUGCAACGGCGGCACAGUUGCUAAUGGAGAGUCGUCGAAUCUCGCCGCUCUUUGCGAUUUUUCGUGCUCUCAGAGCUACUGCCCACCUGGUCCCUGCAAAUGUACUUCCUUCGGUACUCCGGGAUGGAGUGUGACACCGACGAAGCCCCCAGGCUGCCCGGCUCCAGGUUUGAUGACACUUACAAGGGACUUUGUGCCUUCACUUGCGCCAGAGACUAUUGCCCUUCAGGUGCCUGCUCGUCAAACUGCGGCUAGUGAGAACUAG